AUGGUCUAUGGAAAGGUGCUGGAAGAAACCUACCAUAAAUGGAUCCAGUACCGAGAGGAGUGUAUACAAAUGAUUCAAGAUGAGCCCUUUCCUCAAGGCCUUUUCUGCAACAGGACAUUUGACCGAUAUGCCUGUUGGCCUGAUGGGACACCAGGGGCUUUGAUCAACGUUUCCUGUCCCUCUUACCUGCCCUGGUUUGACAAGGUGUCUCACGGUAUGGUGCUUCGCCAAUGUGGGGUUAACGGACGCUGGGUGCUGAAUGAGGACGGGCAGGUUUGGAGAGACAUGUCCCAAUGUGAGGAUGAGCCGGACGUCACGUCUUACGAGCUGUGGUUCAAGCAGUUGAUGGUGAGCUUCAAAACUCUCUACACAGUGGGCUACACCCUGUCUCUCUGCACCCUGAUCUCAGCUCUUAUCAUUCUCCUAGGAAUAAGGAAACUACACUGCACCAGGAACUACAUCCACGCCAAUCUGUUUGUGUCUUUCAUCUUGCGAGCUGUGUCAGUCAUCGUCAAGGAUACCAUGCUGGAGCGCCACUGGGGCAGAGAGAUCAUGAGGCAGACAGACUUGGGAGAGAUGCUAAGUCACCAGGCUGCAAUUGGCUGCCGGUUAGCCCAGGUACUGAUGCAGUACUGUGUUCUGGCCAAUCAUUAUUGGUUCUUUGGAGAAGCCAUCUACCUGUAUUCCGUGCUCAUUGCCUCAGUCUUCAUUGACCACAACAAGUACCUCCCAUACAUCUGCCUUGGCUGGGGAACUCCUUUAUUAUUUGUCAUACCUUGGAUGUUGGCUAAACUGUUGAAAGAGAACAAUGAAUGCUGGGCUGUUAAUGAGAACAUGAACUACUGGUGGAUAAUUCGUUUUCCCAUCUUGUUUGCUUCCUUGAUCAAUUUUAUGAUAUUUAUGAAGAUUGUGAAGGUUAUACUCUCCAAACUGCGUGCCAGCAACCAGAAUGGCUACCCUGAUUACAAGUUCCGGCUGGCCAAGGCUACCUUGACUCUCAUCCCUCUGUUUGGUAUACAUGAAGUCAUCUUCAUCUUCGCUACUGAUGAACAAACCAACGAUACUCUGCGUUACAUCAAAGUGUUUUUCACGCUGUUUCUCAACUCAUUUCAGGGCUUUUUGGUGGCUGUGCUUUACUGUUACUCAAACAAAGAGGUAAAGACAGAGCUGCAAAAUAAACUGCGUAACUGGAGGAUGGAUGUGGAGACCAUGUGCUGUGGACGGUGA